GGCUGAACCCGGAAGUGUCUCGGCGCCGGAGCGAGCGCGCCCGGAGUGGAGCUUGGCGGCCGGGAGCCAGCGGGGAGCCCUGCGUUCCCGGACCAUGCAACCCUCGGGCACGCCCCUCCAGAAGCUGUGAUCCCAGACAAUCCUGUUUUCCUUCAUAAAUCCCUCAAGACACUUAUGAAGUUUCUUGUUCUGAAACCGUUGUACUGCAAUGAAGAAGAGGAGAAAGGUUACUUCACAUCUUGACGAGAAGAUCCAUCUAGGCUACCAUAAAGAUUCCCCGGAAGGAAAUGUUGUAGAGGACUGUGACCAAGUAACCUACACUCAUUCCACAGAAAGACCAGCUCCUGAAACCCUACGCUGUUAUCAGGAACUUCCUCCCUCCCCGGAUCAGAGGAAACUUCUGAGUUCUUUGCAGUACAAUAAGAACUUGCUGAAGUAUUUGAAUGAUGACAGGCAGAAGCAACCGUCUUUCUGUGACUUACUUAUCAUAGUAGAAGGAAAAGAAUUUAGCGCCCAUAAAGUUGUCGUUGCUGUUGGCAGUAGUUAUUUCCAUGCAUGUUUGAGCAAAAAUCCGAGCACGGAUGUUGUCACCCUGGAUCACGUAACGCACUCCGUUUUUCAGCAUUUGCUUGAAUUUCUUUACACAUCAGAAUUUUUUGUGUACAAAUAUGAAAUCCCUCUUGUUUUAGAGGCUGCAAAAUUUCUGGAUAUUAUAGAUGCAGUUAAGCUGCUAAAUAACGAAAAUGUUGCCACUUUUCAGUCUGAGCUAACGGAAAAGUCAUCACCAGAAGAAACACUAAGUGAAUUAACUGGAAGACUAUCAAGUAAUCAUCAGUGUAAAUUCUGUAGUAGACAUUUUUGUUAUAAGAAGUCUUUAGAGAAUCAUUUGUCGAAAACCCAUAGGUCCCUUUUAUUAGGGAAAAAACAUGGGUUAAAAAUGCUGGAGAGAAGUUUUUCCACAAGAAGAUCAAAACGGAAUCGAAAGUGCCCUGUUAAAUUUGAGGACACCAGUGAUGAUGAGCAAGAAAGUGGUGAUGGGUCAGACAAUUUGAAUCAAGACAGUUUUGAUAAGGAAAAGUCAGACAGAAAUGAUUCUGAGGAUCCUGGAAGUGAAUAUAAUGCUGAAGAAGAUGAGCUAGAAGAGGAAAUGUCAGAUGAAUAUUCUGACAUUGAAGAACAGAGUGAAAAAGAUCAGAAUGAUGCAGAAGAGGAGCCGGAGGCCGGUGAUUCUGUCGGAAGCAUUCAUGAGGGGUUAACCCCUGUAAUCAUUCAGAACAGUAACAAAAAAAUAUUGCAGUGUCCCAAAUGCGAUAAGACAUUUGACCGCAUAGGGAAAUAUGAGAGCCACACACGUGUUCACACAGGUGAGAAGCCCUUUGAGUGUGAUAUUUGCCACCAGCGCUAUUCAACAAAGUCUAACCUAACUGUUCACAGAAAGAAGCACAGUAAUGAAACAGAAUUUCAUAAGAAGGAGCACAAGUGCCCUUACUGUAAUAAACUUCAUGCAAGCAAGAAGACUUUAGCCAAGCAUGUUAAGAGAUUUCAUCCUGAAAACGCACAGGAAUUUAUUUCCAUUAAGAAGACUAAGAGUGAAAGUUGGAAGUGUGAUAUUUGUAAGAAAUCUUUUACUCGAAGACCACACUUGGAGGAACAUAUGAUUCUCCAUUCUCAAGACAAACCUUUUAAGUGCACCUAUUGUGAAGAACAUUUCAAAUCACGAUUUGCACGGUUGAAACAUCAAGAAAAGUUCCAUCUGGGUCCUUUCCCGUGUGAUAUAUGUGGUCGCCAGUUUAAUGACACUGGAAAUUUGAAACGCCAUAUAGAGUGUACCCAUGGUGGAAAGAGAAAAUGGACUUGCUUUAUCUGUGGAAAAUCAGUACGAGAAAGAACUACUUUGAAAGAACAUUUGAGAAUCCAUAGUGGAGAAAAGCCUCAUCUGUGUAGUAUCUGUGGACAAAGUUUUCGUCAUGGAAGCUCAUACAGACUUCACUUACGAGUACAUCAUGAUGAUAAAAGAUACGAGUGUGAUGAAUGUGGGAAAACCUUCAUUCGUCAUGAUCACCUUACGAAGCACAAGAAGAUACACUCAGGUGAGAAGGCUCAUCAGUGUGAAGAAUGUGGAAAAUGCUUUGGCCGUAGGGACCAUCUCACUGUUCAUUAUAAAAGUGUACACCUUGGAGAGAAGGUGUGGCAAAAAUAUAAAGCAACCUUUCAUCAAUGUGAUGUUUGUAAGAAAAUUUUUAAAGGCAAAUCAAGUCUGGAAAUGCAUUUUCGGACACAUUCAGGUGAAAAACCAUACAAGUGUCAAAUUUGCAAUCAAUCUUUUAGAAUUAAGAAAACUUUAACAAAACACCUGGUCAUUCAUUCUGAUGCCCGGCCUUUCAACUGUCAGCACUGUAAUGCAACAUUUAAACGGAAGGACAAGCUGAAAUACCACAUUGACCACGUUCACGGCAUAAAGUCUCCCGAUGACCCUCUCAGUGCUUCUGAGGAAAAACUCGUGUCCUUGCCGGUAGAGUACUCAUCUGAUGAUAAGAUCUUUCAAACGGAAACUAAACAAUACAUGGACCAGCCCAAAGUCUACCAGUCGGAAGCCAAGACCAUGCUACAGAACGUGUCUGCCGAAGUGUGUGUCCCGGUGACGCUGGUCCCGGUGCAGAUGCCUGACACGCAGGGUGACCUGGUGCGCCACACCACCACCCUCCCGCCCCCCGCUCACGAGAUCUUGUCGCCACAGCCGCCGGCUGCGGAUUACCCUCGAGCUGCUGACCUAGCUUUUCUGGAGAAAUACACGCUUACUCCUCAGCCUGCAAAUAUAGUUCACCCAGUCCGACCCGAACAGAUGCUUGAUCCUAGAGAACAGUCUUACCUUGGAACGUUACUGGGCCUUGAUACUACCACUGCUGUACAAAACAUAUCUAACAGUGAGCAUCAUUCGUGAGCAAAUCUAAACAUUCCACAGACUUCUUCAGUGGCUAUGCACAAUGGUAGCCUAGUGCUGAUGGCUUUUAAAUUAGUGGGGCUGCUAUUUUUUCAUUUUCUGUAUAGUUUCUCAAGUCCUCAGAUGCUUUUCCAAUCAAAAAAUAUGUAUCUCUGUUUACUGAACAUAUUUGAAUAUUUGGACCCAUUUUGAGGUAUAUAAUAUUUGAAAUAGACAUUUUGUGAUUUUUUUUUUAAAGAUUAUUUAGUGCUAAUUUUUAACUUUUAACUCUCUUAACUUUCCAAAACUAUCAGCUGUUGACAUUAUGGGGGUAUUUGUUUUUAAACAUCAGUGGAAGUUUUUAUUCUCCUUUAGUCUCAUUCAUCUUUUCUCCUUUCCCCAUCUUCUAAACAAGUGUUAAGGAACAUGUAGCCUUUAAGAAAGAAUGUCAGAGUGUACUGAUAAUUGCAGCUGUUCUUUAUCCUGACUUAAGUUUCAUGAUUAUUUCUUCCAGAUUUUUAAGAAAAUGAAAUUAGGAAUUUGAGUUUAUAAGAAAGUCUUGGGAUCUGUGUUAUUUUUGAAUUUAUAAGAAAGUCUUGGGAUAGAUCUGUGUUAUUUUUUCAUCUGGCCAUAAUUUCAGUUCAUCACUAUUCUUUGGGUCUUUUGACAGACUCAAGACCAGAAAGCUAACUAAUGUAGGAUUAGCUUGUUAAAUGAAAUGUAGAACUGAAAUAAUUAUCCAAAUGAUUGGUUUUUGCCAGUGCUUCAAUUAUUAUGAAUAAGAAAUGGAAAAACGGAUGUAAGCAUUAAAUUAUACAGGUUGAAAAUGUGUUAAAAGCAAAAUAUGGCAGUUUGAACUAGAAAUUUUUUAAGGUAAAUUAACUGUUUGUAUUUUACCAUUUAUUUCAGAAACAUUAACAGUAUAUCAGCAUAUAUCAUCAUCUAACUGAUUAAAAUUCAGUUAACAAGCCACUUUUGGUCUCAUUUACCUUGGCCAGCUGUAACUCUGGGAAAUAGAACCUAGAGAUUUUUGUUUAAUUAUUAGAACAGGUGCCAAACAAAUUACCAAAUUCAUGUCUAACUGAACUGCAUGUUCAUUUACUUUAAUUAGAACGAACCAUUCCUUGUAUACAGAUAUACAUGUAACCUAGAUCUUUAUUUUUGCUUUACACGUAACCCUAAUGUCUGUGAUUAUCCUUAAUUUUUAUUUUUGUAUGAGACAAAAGUUGAGGACUUGGUAAAAGGAAAUAGCAGUUGGAGCAAAACCUCACUGAUAUUAAAUGAGGAAAACAAAAAAGUCAGUCAAAAUUGUGAAAUACCUUAAAGACGUGCACUUUCCAUACUCUGAAGUCAAUUUAAACUUAAGCUAGGAUGUUUCCUAGUGGAGCUGCUCGAAGGAUUAGAGACUAGGCAGGGUUGAUUUAUUAUUAGCAUGUUCUUAUGUAAACUACUGGAAAAUAGCAAUUUUAAGAGUUUUCUAUUUCAGUUUUGUUUACACUCCUAAUUGCUUUAAGCACUUUUUUUGUGUAAACUGUAAAGUCUGGCCCAGCCCUUGUGAAAAAAAAAAAAAUCACAAAUAAAAUAAUGAAGUUUAGUGAAAAAUUUUAACCACUUAAUAAUGUGGAAACUUGUUUGCUGAAGCACUUAAGAAAUGAAGGUACUUUGCAGGAAUAUUUACCACACUAGUGGAAAUAAAAAAAAAGUUGAGACUUGGGGCAGUUAACCAAAGUAGCUCAUAUAACUAGUAAAGCCAACCUGAGUUUUGCCUCAUUUGUUGAAGUUUGGUUAUAAUUCUAUAACUGAUAGAUACAAGCAAUGUAUCAAUAUUCUUUUUAAAGCAUUCUUAACUUUUGUGUGGAAAUGUUGUGUCUGGGGUACUUAACAUGAUAGAACUUGACUGUAUGAGGUACUAUUAAUCUGUCUUUCAAACUGACUUUUAAAACAUCUCUUUAUGAUUUUUAUCAUAAAGACUUUUAACUAAAAGACUUACUAUGAUGAAAAGAAAUCAUUUCUAAAAAUGUACCCUGCCUUGAAUAUAAAAUAAUGUAGAAAAGUCUGGACUUACACAAAGGCAAAUAGUAUAUAUGUGUAUGUGUGCGGUAUAUUGUAUGUUCAGUAGCAGAAAAAGAAGGUGUUGCAUUUUCACAUUCAAAAGAAUACUUUGCUUUUUGAAGAUAUUGACUUUAGGGUUCUUUUAAUAAUAAUCUCCUAAUGCUUUAAAAAUAUAAUUUGAUUGUAGGAAUUGGUUUACAGUAUAGAACUUUUCUUGAAUACAUCUCUUAUAUAAAGUGAAACAUAAUUAUAUUUACUUAUUAUUGUAGAUAACUUAAACUUGAAAAGUAGUUUACUGUUUUAUAAAAUGCUUUUGCAGUUAUCUCAUUUAAACCUCAUAGCCAGCUCUGAAGUAGAAAGGGCAUGCUGUAUUCCCGUGUUAGAGAUGAAGAGUCAGAGGUUAAGCCUACAUCGUUAGUAAGUGGCAGAGCUACCAACAGGGGAAGAAAUGUAGCAUUAAUGACUGCUGUCCAGGUGCCAGGCACCGCAUUUUCUCAUGUGAUCUUAGAAACAGUCUGGGAAGUAGGUAAUAUAAUUCUCAUGAAGAAAUAGUCUCAGUGGGCAAACAAAUCUGCUGCCUCUGAUCUCCAAAUUAGAAUAUAAGAAGUCUUACAGUUGUGAAAACCUCAUGGAUUUGGGCAAACUGAAUGUAUAUAUAAGUUUUUGAAGUUGGCACAAAAAAUAUGAAAUGAGGCCUGCUCUUUUCAGUUAAGUGUUUGUCACAUUUGAUUUGGAGUAUUUGGAACAAAUGCUCCAUUAACUCUUAAAAUCCAUGAAUUCUGUAACUAUACUUAAAAUUUUGAAUCUUGCAGCUAAGGUCAGCCUCAUUCAGAAUUUUUUAUUUUAUGAGCAUAAUUUAUUGUUUUAAAUUAAUUUUGUAGCUGAUAGCAGUUAGCACUUAUUAUGUAAAUUGAAUAAUUUAUCAAAUGUAGAAAUUUGUUAACCUAAUCCAUUUUUACUUAAAUACGCCAAAGAUUUUUAGUAGGUUUUAAAAUAGUUUAAAAGAAUUUAAAUUCUUUGUUGUUUGAAUAAAUAUUUGUCCAAAGAAGCACAGUUGAAGUCCUAGGAUUAUGGAUUUUCUAAAAAAUCAUUAGUUUGAAUACUAAGAUUAAGUGUUUGUGUUUAUAUGUAUUAGAAAUAAGAACAGAAGAAAAUACUCCGGGAAUAGUCAUACUGACAAGCCAAUUACAAGUAAGAAUACUUCGUUUUCCUCAGUUUAAUUAAUUGAAUGUUAUCUUUUAAGUGGACACUAUUAAUUGCUAAAUAAUAAUAAGCUUAUUUUUUACACUACACUACUAAAAUAAUUUUGCCUUAGAAUUUUUUUUAGAACUGAAGAUUUUUUUGUAACAAACCCCACCUAUUUUUUGCAGCCUAAAAUACCAUUUAAGAUUAGGGUUUGUUCUUCAUGCCAGCAAGAUUUCACUAGCUAUGAAGGCGGUGAUCUUUGCAUACUUUUAAGUAACUUAGUCAUUUAUUGAAGAGGAGUAGCAAAAAUAGGGUUUUAAACUGGUGCUUUAUUACGUGACUUCCUUUAAAGUGAUGGUACAUCAUGAAGUAGGUACACUAAUAAUUUUCUGUCAACCUUAAAAUUGUCAAAACAUCUUGGCAGAGUGAGUGACUAUAAGCUAUUAGUUAAGGGCUAGUAGGUAUUCAAAAAUCAUUCAUUGCUUUCACUCUGUCAUUAACAAAUAAAUUAACAACACCGUUAACUGGUGUGUGUGCGUGUAAGUUUGCGUUCUCUUCCAGCAGGUCAUUCUGCUGUAUCGUGGGUGGGAAGUCGGAUGUGGAGCAGCAGCUCUGUGACAGUGUCCUUUUCUCCAUGCCCAGGCGUCUCUGGAUUGAAUGCUUUGUGCCUUUUCAGUUCGAGGCAGCAGUUGUAGUAGCUUGGAGUUGACUCUGCUGGCUAGAUUGUGCUGGUUAAUAAAUGGUUGUGGUUGUUUUGUUAUUGUUAUGGGUCUUAUGUUUGUGUUGCCUGCUGGUCAGGCAACAGUUUUGUUUUUUUUUAGGUUGCUUUAUAGUUUUUUAGGGAAACUGGCAUCAAGUACUAGUAUGAACUUUUUUUAAUCUUUACUAUUGUGGCCUUUCUAGUUACUGCAAAGCCACUCCUGGGCCUGUCUCUAGAUGCUCACUAGAGGAAUCUGACAAAUGAGCAGUGUGUCUGCCUCUCCAUCUCCUCCCAUCUCCCGCCUUUUCUUCUGAAUAAUCCGUUACCAAACCACCCUGCUCUAAAAAGCAGCUUCUUUCCUCAGUUUGCCUAAAACUGAGCCAGAGGUGAUGGUUUGAGAUGAAUCUCUAAAAAGCAACAUCCCAACCAACUGACAACUUGAGUUGAUGAACUCAGGAAAAAUUAGGACUUUUGAAGUCAUAUUUGGAUCAUUCUAAGAUUCAGUGCCAAAUUUUAAAUGACUCAAAAUGUAUUUUUUAAUAAGGAGUAAGUCACAUUUCUAAAACCUGUAGUAGUGUUAUGGUAAAUGUCACUUACUACUAGGCUGAAUAAUGGCCAAUGUGAGAAUAAUUUUCGAGUAAUUUCUAGGAACCACAGACAGUUCUUUUUAGGCCCUCUCCUUUCUUUUGCACAUUCCUCUCUAAAGUCUGUAGUGGUUUUUGGGGAGGGGGACUGUUCCCUGUUUUCUCAAAAAUUAUUUCUACUUAAAGGUACUUUUAUUCUGGACUAGUAGCAUGCUUUCUGCGCUUCCUCUUUGGCAGUGGCCUUAAGAAGGCAGAAGUAGCAGCAGUAGGUCUCGUGGAGAAUGAGGGGAAGGGCUGGUAGAGAGAGUAUCUGUCCUGUAUUUACUCUUCAUCUUUCAACUUGCUGUGCACUGAUCUUGAGUCUGUGACUGUUGAAAAAUCCCCAAAUAAAUUGAGCCUCUAUAGCCAUUCGUAUAAAGAGAAAAUAAGAAUUAUAUUCAGAGAGUAGAGGUUAUACAGAAUGGAUAUGUCUUUUUGUUCUGCUUUUUCCCCCCUAACUUCUUAGGUAAAGAAGUAAUUUGGGUGCUCAUAUUACUGCUAGAGAUUCUAAAACAUUUCUUGAAUGGAGAGUGUGCACACUUAUUGUUAUUUCACCCUGUUGCUUGGUAUUCCUGCUUUAUGAGUACACAAUUUUUAUUCCUUGUAACAAUUGGACUUUUCUUAUCCCUGUGGAUAAAACUGUAUUACAGCUGAUGACUGAGGCUGCCAAAAAUGAGCACAGAGGUGGGCGCUUGGAUUAUGAGAUUUAUGGUGUACAUUAAAGUGGAAAUGCCUUUGAACCCUGAACCCUGUUUUCAGUCUCCAAUCUUAAAUUUUGUUUUUAAUCAUUAGAACUUUUAAAAGCAAUUACAAAGAAAAAUCUAAAAUACCAAGAUUUAUUAUUUUGUCAACUGUGUGUAAAGUAUCUUGUGAGUUUUCUAGAUAUUUUGACUGUCUUGUGUUUCCUGAAUACCAAUGUCUUUAUAGAAAAAUUCAGUUCUCUGUGAAGACUAGGAAGUAUGUUGUAUGCUGAACUAGUUCUUUGUGUUGUUUAGAUAUUUAAAUAAAGUUCUUUGGUCCUAAUAAA